UAAGGGUUGUAUGGGUUAUAAAGAGAAUCAGAGGAAAUAACACCCCAACAAACAAGAAGGGCGUGCAGAUUCUGCAGAAUAACAGGAAAACGUUGCUGUGUGAUGACUGAAGGAGGGAACAUGUGAGGAAAUAACGAUAAAUCAAGUCGCAUUGCUUGUUCUCGCUGCUCCUGCUGCCGCUGCUGAUCCUGGAGCAUCCUUCCCUUCGUCGGAGGCUGCAGCAUCUCUCCCCAACACAGCUAUCAGCUCUCAAUCCGUGCAGUCUUCUCAUCCCAAUGUGAUAAUUCAACUCGCAAGAGGCUACUGGAGGAAGAUGUGGGAUAAGGCUGUCGGAGAGCAGGAAGGUUAACUGAAUGUGUUUUGGGGGAUUUCCUCUGAGCAUCUGCACGUUUUCUUCUUCUUCGUAUUUCUUCCUCCUCAGUGUUGGACGCAAGGGAGGAAGAAGAGAAAGACUCGAUCAUCUCCUCACCGGUUAAAUCUCCUGCUGUGAGGAGUUUUUAAUUGGAUAUGAAACAGACUGAAAUGGCUAUGGAAGUCUCAAUAUGAGCGACAAAGCGAAGGGUAUGAUCGGUUUCCACACAUCGCAGUCGGAGGGAGCCCUGACUACGUGACCAGUACCCAUACUGCUUCUCCCGAGGGUCUAACCCCCCUCCUCCCUCCAGUUCCCCCCCUCCCCCCACCGCCACCAGGAGCCUGGACAUCCGGCAACUUUUAAUGGCUUUUGUGUUCAGAAGAUGGAGGGUCUUAUUGGUGCUGAACGUGAUCGUGGUUGCUGGGUUCAUGACCUUCUGGGCCAGGUGCACCACACGCAACGUCCAAGCCACCGGUCCCGAGGUUUCGUCUGCUGACGGGCAGAGGCCCCGCGGCAACGGGACGGCGCAGGGGCCCAACGUCAGCCAUGAGGUGCUGCUGAAGAGGCUCAGCUCGCUGGAGGAUGUGGUGUACAGGCAGCUGAACGGUCUGUCCAAAUCUCUGGGCCUGAUCGAGGGCUUCGGUGGUCGAGGUAAAGGUGGCCUCCCCUCCACGCUGUCUCCAGCUGAGGAGAGCGACGCUAAAUACUUGAGGGAGAAGUACGGCUACAACGCCUACCUCAGCGACAGAAUCUCUCUGGAUCGCAUCAUACCAGACCACCGGCCCAGCAAAUGCAGAAAGGUCAGCUACUCCAGAGACCUCCCGCAGAUCUCGCUCAUCUUCAUCUUCGUGAACGAGGCUCUGUCGGUGAUCCUGCGCUCGGUCCACUCGGCCGUCAAUCACACGCCGGCUCACCUGCUCAAGGAGAUCAUCCUGGUGGACGACAACAGCGACGACGAGCAGCUGAAGGGACCGCUGGAGGAAUACGUGAACAAGCGCUACCCCGGCCUGGUGAAGAUCGUCCGAAACCAGAAGAGAGAGGGACUCAUCCGAGCGCGGAUCGAAGGCUGGAAGGCCGCGACUGCAGAAGUGACGGGCUUCUUCGAUGCCCAUGUGGAGUUCACCCCGUCCUGGGCCGAACCGGUUCUGGCCCGAAUCAAAGACGACCACAAGAGGAUUCUUCUGCCCUCCAUCGACAACAUCAAACACGACACAUUCGAGGUGGAGCGCUACGAGAACUCGGGCCACGGAUACAACUGGGAGCUGUGGUGCAUGUACAUCAACCCGCCCAAACAGUGGUGGGACGAGGGGGACGUAUCAGCUCCCAUUAGGACUCCAGCCAUGAUCGGCUGCUCUUUUGUUGCCAACCGGGACUACUUCGGCGAACUCGGCCUUUUGGACUCAGGCAUGGACGUCUACGGCGGGGAGAACAUCGAGCUGGGCAUCAGGGUGUGGCUGUGUGGAGGCAGCAUGGAGGUGCUGCCCUGCUCCAGGGUGGCUCACAUCGCCCGGAUGAAGAAACCCUACCACAGCAACAUCGCGUUCCACACGCGGCGCAACGCUCUGCGCGUGGCCGAGGUCUGGAUGGACGAGUACAAGUCCAACGUCUACCUGGCCUGGAACAUCCCCAUGGAGAAUCACGGUAUCGAUUACGGAGACGUCUCUCAGAGGGUUGCGCUGAGGAAGAGUCUGCAGUGUAAAAGCUUUGAGUGGUACCUCGACAACGUUUACCCCGAGAUGAGGAGGUACAACAACACGGUGUUCUAUGGAGAGAUCCGAAACUCUAAAAUAAGCCACCUGUGUAUGGAUCAAGGAAUGAAGGAGAACCACACUGCCACCCUGCACCCCUGCCAUGGAUGGGGUCCUCAGCUGGGACGUUACACCAAAGACGGGCAGCUGUUCUUGGGCCCUCUGGGCAGCACGGGGGAUGACACUCGCUGUGUGGUCGACGAUCAGAUGAGCAGCUAUCCUCAACUCCUGAACUGUGACAAAGUGACCAACGUGAAGCAGAAGACGUGGCAUUUCAAUCAGAAUGAAUCCAUCAUAAAUCGAGCCACGGGCCGCUGUCUGGAGGUGGUGCCGGCUAACGUUUACUUCGGCCACCUGCUGGUCCUGCAGCCCUGCACUGGGCAGAGGUGGGCCAUCAAGAACACCAUGAGGCAAUAGCUGAUUGGCCAAUUUCACAGGGACCAAUGAUACCAGAGGCCAGUUUUAUAGUGUUGCUCCACAUCAGCUUGCCUGAGGAGCGGCGUAAGAGGCAGAGGCAGAAGCGACGGAGGAUGCUCAAAAGAGAUCAUGAUCUGUGAACAUCUCAUCGACACAGCUGCUGUGUGAAAUGGCUGAUUUAUUACAGAUGGUGCAUUCAAAAUGAUGCAAGUUUAAGCAGGAGGAUUGUUUCUCUGAAUAUAUGAGCUGGACAAACUGUUGAUGUUGCCAUUAUUGCUGUACGUGCCAAUUCCCUACAGCAUCAUGUUUUUAGGUUGAAGGAGGUUUGAUAAACCUAAACUCUAAAGGUCUGUAUCCUCACCCUCCAGAUGUUUCAGUCUGACUUUGUUCUUCAUCUGGUUCAUUCUCUUAUGGCAAGUAAAAUAACUAAAUACAUAGAAUAACAUUUUCAGUAUAUGCACUUAUCAGAAAACAUCUGUAGUUUUCAUCCAGCUUCAUCAGUGGUUCAUUUUAGUUUAAGAUGUCAGAAAAAUUAAGGAUUGUCGACUUGUGACAGAUUUAAUGAAAUUAAAUAUUUAUGCCCCAAAAUGUUUUUUUUUUUAUUAUUAUUUGUCUUACAGAACCAAACAGCCUGUAAAUAUUUUUAAAGGGUUUUGCAGUUCCUGUGAAUCAUCUCAGAAAUCACACCGUCGAGGGCUAUCGGACUUCAUCAUGGUUGAAUAUGUGGUGGACACAUUUGUCUCUUUAAAUGUUUUUUUUUUUUGUUUUGUUUUGUUUCACAGCGUUUGGUGACACUGGAAGCUGUACAUCUUGUAGCAUGAUUGUAAGUACUGUAUGCACAUGGGGGGGACAAAGUUGAGCUGGUUCUGUUUCAUGCUGAGUGCCAUAACCACUGCAGACCGCCCAAAACUCACAGGCUGCAGUCUGAAGCACUUUGUUAGACAGAUUUAGAAACACAAACUCUGAGAGGAGGAGUGAAUCAGGAAGGUAAAAAUGCACAAGUGUAUGGAUUGUGGGAAUGCUGGAGGCCCUUCACGGCCCCGUAUUCUUCAUGUGAUGAGAUGUAUAUGAUGUCAAGUAUUCAAUUCAAUGUUAUCAGUUGGAUUUUUGCUUCCAAGAUUGUCUUCCAAUAAACAACUGGUUUCCUGGUU